AUGGCGGCCUACUACAACGGCGGCAGGCCCUUGUCCUACUCCAACACCGACGAGGGCUUCGACGGUGGCAGGACCAUUUACUCCACCCCCACCGAGUGCUACGACGCUAGCAAGCACGGCCUUGGCACCUGCCACGGCCAUGGGUAUGGCGGGACGAACAUGUACUCCAACACCACUGACGUCCAGUGGUUCGACUCCAGCAUGCACGGGCAAGGCUACGGCGGCGGUGGCAGGACCAUGUAUUCCAACACCGCCCACGGGCUCUUCGACUCAGGCAGGCCCGGGUAUGGGCACGUCCACAGCUACGGGCACAACGAUGGUAGGAUCAUGUCGCACACCACCACCACCUCCAAGGAGUCCUUCGGCGGAGGCGAGCAGGAGCAGGGGUACUACAAGAAGGAGGUGAAGCAGCACAAGAACAGGGAGCUCGUGGGUGAGGUCGGCGCCUUUGCCCCGGCUGAUGUGGCACCACCUGUCAGCCAUACCCCUGGCCUCCUCUCUCCUCUCUUUCUCUUCUGUCCUCUCCUUCGUUCACACAGGACCAGCGACCGUGGAAGAACAACAACGGCUGUUGACCCAGUCCGCUCCGUCGAGACUGAGCCAUCGAGCGCCCGCGCCCCAGCAUGA